ACUCCGAGACCUGCUCACAAUGGCGGUGGCAACUCCUGUUCUUGUUGUGCUGGUGCUGGUGAUGCUUGUCGUCGCCAGCACAAAGAAGAGCAUCAACGUGCAUGCAAGCUCGACGACGUCCGAAACUGUACAUCCGGCCAUACCUCUGAGGCCACUGAGGCCACAAGGCGACCAGCUGUGUUUGGACGUGCACGGGACACUGGAGAGCAUGGUGCAUGUGCUGAGGCUGCACGAUGUGCCAUUUUACCCCAAGCACACUGCGCGCAACACGGACGACAGCACGCCUGCAAACACAACGACGCACAAAGACGCACGGCUGCCUCUGCCUUUGCUUGUUGACCUGUCUCCGAUUCACCGCAUGAUGGCUGCGUUUGGAUGUGGCGAUCAAGAGGACGAGAAGACGGACAAGCAGACUGAUGAGAGCUUGCCUGCAAGGACUGGCACAGAGCAACACGAGACGAUACCACCAGUGCCAUCGACACCAUCAGCAUUCACGCCUUUGGAAGAGAGGGUGACCGCUAUCCGCAACGCGACAGGCAACUUAUCCCUGCAGCACCAGCAACAACAGCAGCAGAGGCGAGUGCGGCGGAACGGCGACCCUGUCGUACAGGCUGGGCAAUGCACGCUGGCGAGCGUGGUCAAUGGCACGUGCCCUGGUGCGGAUAGCAGCCGCCGGCUCACCAUCACUCUGCGCGAGGAUGAUCACGUGGACGACAGCACGGAUGCAAGCGGUCUGAGGGGUAUUUCUGACUCCGUGAAUGAGCUGACCGUGAACGGGCACGUCGAAGAAGCGCCGUUGCGGUGGAUUGUGAAUAACGGCGUGUGGGCCUCGUGCACGGCAGUGAAUUUGCAAGGCGUACAGUUUCCCACUCUUCAGUUGAGCACGCUCAACCCGAUGACACGCACUCUUACUAUCACGGUUAGUGACAGCGUGCUGCUUCGGGCAAUAGGCGCCGAUGACUUCCACCACACGGCAAGACUCACUGCCUUUCGCGCAAUCAACAAUUCCCUCACAUCCGUUCCAGACGUUUCGAACAUGACAUCGCUGAGCAUCCUCAACUUGCACGGAAACCGAAUUCGUUGCAUCAACGAUGACACUUUCAACGGGCUGACAUUGCUGCAACAGCUGUUCUUCAGUGAGAACAUCCUUUCCGAGAUCGAGUCGCGAGCGUUUGAUGACCUCACUGCCCUGAAUAGGCUGAUCCUUGCCAUUAACGACAUGAGCGCCAUCCCUUCCGGCUUGUUCCAUCGUCUCACGAGCCUUACCACGUUGCAACUGCAGCAAAAUCCAAUCACGAAACUCGACGCCGAUGUAUUCGCGCAGCUGACCAUGCUGGAGCGGCUCACCCUCGAGCGCACGCUUCUCACCCAAUUACCAGCCACACUGUUCCGCAACACCACCCGUCUUGUUCGCCUUGACUUGGCAAUUAACUUCAUCACGUCCCUCGAUGAGACAGUCUUCUCUGGCCUGUCAUCGUUGGAGCAUCUGCAGAUUUUCGACAACCGACUGACAUCACUGCCACCAGGCGUGUUCAAGGACUUGACGACGUUGACGUGGCUUGGCAUUCUUAGGAAUGAUUUAACUUCCUUGCCUGACAAAUUGCUUGAGUUCAAUCCGCAACUCCGCACGUUCUUCUGCAACGACAACGACCUCGCUUCCCUCCCAGCCAACCUAUUCGUGAACAACGCAGCCCUGUUUCGGAUCAACCUUGCCAACAACGCCCUUCGCUCCAUCGACACCGCCCUCGAAUCAGCGAAAUUGUCAUCCCUGCAGUUUCUCGAUGUGGGGAACAACCAACUUACACGUCUACAGCUCACCAGAACACUGCCCUCCCUGACCCUUCUCGGCCUUGACGACAACCCGAUGCAGGAGCUGCCAGAUGUCACGCUCACGCCUUCCCUUGAAACCCUCCGGCUCCAAAACCACGGAAUCAAACACAUGGACUUGGCCCCAGUGCUCCGUCUGCCCAGCCUCGAGGUGCUCGAGCUUGACGCUCUCCUACAAGCGAAUUCCAGGGCGGUUUUGACAGACACGAACAUCACCAGCAUUACGCGGUUGUCAACCCUGAGUCUGGAGAAUGUGGACGUCAGUGCUGCGGUCCCAUCAUUCAAGCAGCAUCCACCGCUAAGUCUCAAUGUGCUGCACGUGGGCUGGCCGGGCGCCAUGAACCGCACGCUUCCAAUCACUGAGGUGUGCAGAAUGCUGAAGAACAGUGUGCGUGAGCUGCGCAUCGCCAACACAGACUACCGAGCCAUUGAGCUGUGCCCUGACAAGACUUUCGAGUCACUACUUCUCAACGACAACAGGCACCUACGCUCUGUCACCGUCCACAACCCUCUGCGUGAACUCAACGUGUCAGGUUGCACCCAGCUCACUUCCAUCGACGCGCCUCCAAUCGACAUCCUCGACAUCAGCAACACCAAAUUCCCGCCAACGGGCGCGCUGUGCACACGGUGGGGACGACGGGUCCUCUUCGCCCGAAAGUUGGAUGAGAAGGCCUUCAACUCCAUCCGUACGGUUGGAGCGCUCACAAACUGCAUCGACCAAGUGGAUGUGCUGGAUCUCUCGGGCAACACCUGGCUUAACAAUCCAGCAGAGAUCAACCGCGUGGCGGAGAGAAGAGUUGUCAUGUCCGACGAAGAGUUCUGGACAGCCGAUCUUGUUGCCAUUCCAAACCGGCGUGUUCCUCCCAUUCUCCAGCUGACCGAUGCGCCCAUCGACUGCGCACUCCACCUGUCCAACCAGGACUUGCGCCCCCGCACCGAUACAUCCGUGUUGACCACAGAGAUUGUGUUUUCCUUCCGCUGCGUCUGUGCACAGGGUCACCACCUGAGCGGCAAUGGCGAAUGUGUUGAGGAUGUCGUGCCCUUGGCAGCCAUCGUGGCGGGCUCCGUAUUCGCUGUCCUUGCACUUUCGAUCCCGUUGCUGGUCUGGCUCUACCGCCGCUACUGGCGCUCCCACAAGAGCGACAGCCUGCACCAGCAGCUGUUGAACCGAGAGAGGGAGGAGGUGCAGGCGCUGAAGCGGGCGUGGGUGAUUGAGUACGAUGAGCUGAGGAUGAUCAAGCGUGUUGCUGCGGGUGCUUAUGGCGUGGUGUUUAAGGCCGAGUGGGACACGGUGACGGUGGCGGUGAAGGUGCUGCAGCGCACGCUGUCUGUCGAUGAUCGAGAAACCGCCAAUGAUAUCGGUAACGAGGUGGAGUUCCUGCAACGGACACGGCACCCGAACGUGGUGCGGUUCUUUGGUGCUGGCGUGAACACGAAUGGCAGCCCAUUCCUGGUGCUGGAGUUUGUGGCAAUGGGGUCGCUCAAGGACCUGUUGGAGCGAGACAUGGACGCGGUGCUGCAUGAGGUGCGGGCUCAGGUGCUCGAAGCCGGCGAUGAUGAUGAUGAUGACGAUGGCGAUGGCGAGAAGAACAAGUUACUGGGGGCAGAUGUGCACGAAGAAUUGACCCUCGUGAGCACAUCGCUUGAGAGCCACCGCACCAGCUUGGAACUUGAUGAGAUGAUGAGUGUGUGGGACUUGAAGCUGCAGCUGCUUCGUGACGUUGCCAACGGCAUGGCAUUCAUCCACAGCCUCGACCAGAUGCACCGCGAUCUGAAGAGCGGCAACGUGCUGGUGUCCUCGCGGCUGCGGGCGAAGAUCACGGACUUUGGAUCCAUUCGCGAGUGUCUCGAGCGAGGAACGGACGGCAACGAUGAUGAUGAUGGUGACGUGGAGGAUGGCAACAGAGGCGAUGGCACUGCAACGACGUCGUUUGGUGAUGGUGGGCGCGGUGACAUGACGAUGGGUGUUGGCACGCCCAUGUACAUGGCGCCAGAAGCGCUGCUGACCAAGACGUACAACGCCAAGGCGGACGUGUUCAGCUUUGGCGUGCUCAUGUGGGAGGUGGCGACGCAGCGGGAGCCAGACCUGAUUGCACAGGAGAAGCCCAAGUACCGCGGGCCACCACGGCCCAUGCAGACGACGCUGCUGCAGGAGGGCAAGCGCCUCCGCUUCGAGGACUUUGACGGCCAGCCGCUCGCUGUUGCCGAGUGGUACAAAGAGCUGGCGUACACGUGCAUGGCAGACAACCCAGCCCACCGUCCAAGCUUCGAAGAGCUCAAAAACAAACGCCUGGCGGAACAGCAGGCCGUAUGACUUGCGAUGGCU